ACAAACUCUUUCUCCAGUUCAAUCCUUCACUUCCAGUAACGUUAACAUACCGUCAAACUUUCAUUUCCGUUUCCCUUUCUCUCCGUCGGUUUUCUCUUACAUUAAUUGCUUAACUCAUCAUCAUACCACCCUGCAACCACCAAACUCCUAAACCCCAAAAUAAUCAUAUAAAACACCCUCCCGCCUUCUUCUUCUUCUUGCUUUCCCAUCUCUCACAGGAUUUAAUUAAAUUUGGAAGGUGCCGGAAUGGAACAAUUCCGGCAUAUAGGAGAGGUGGUUGGGAGUCUGAAAGCGCUAAUGGUGUUGCGCGACGAAAUCCAAAUCAACCAACGGCAAUGCUGUUUGAUUCUGGACAUCUUCAGUUUGGCGAUGGAGACGAUCGCGGAGGAGAUACGGCAGAAUCUGAAGCUGGAGGAGCGAAACACGAAAUGGAAGUGUCUGGAGUAUCCUCUGAAGGAGCUAUGCAGGGUUUUCAAGGAGGGAGAGCUUUACAUAAGGCAGUGUUUGGAUUCGAAGGAGUGGUUGGGGAAAGCCCUGACGCUCUCUCAGAACCGCGACUGCGUGGAAUUCCACAUCCACAACCUGCUCUGCUACUUCCCGGCGGUGGUGGAGGCCAUCGAGAGCGCGGGCGAGAUCUCAGGCGUGGAUCCCGACGAGAAGGGGAAGAAGAAGCUGAUGCUGGCUCGGAAGUACGACGUGGAAUGGAACGACCCGAAGCUGUUCCAGUGGAGGUACGGGAAACAGUAUCUGGUCCCGCGCGAGAUCUGCAAGCAGUUGGAAAACGCGUGGCGAGAGGACAGGUGGCGCCUCGUUGAGGCCAUCAAGGACAAGACUCAGAGAAAGGCUUCCGCGUUCACCAAAAGCCAGCACCGCCUCGCUGACACGCUUCUCAGGAAACUCGUUAAUGGCUCCGAGAUGGGCCCAAUUGGGGUCCUCGUUGGGUCCAAGGAUUACCUCGUCAGACGCAGAUUGGGCCGCGGGAGGGAGUUUAAGGAGAUCCAAUGGCUGGGUCAUGGCUUCGCUUUGCGCCAGUUUCAAGCGGAGAGAGAAGCCCACCAGGCAGAGGUUUCGUCUCUUCUCUCGCUCUCUCACCCCAACAUACUGCAGUACCUAUGCGGCUUUUACGACGAGGAGAAGAAAGAGUUUUCUCUUGUCAUGGAGUUGAUGAACAAGGAUUUAGGAACUUACAUGAAAGAGAAUUGUGGGCCCAGGAGACAGAUUCUCUUCUCUGUCCCUGUCGUCGUCGAUCUCAUGCUUCAGAUGGCCCGAGGCAUGGAGUAUCUACACUCUAAAAAGAUUUGCCAUGGACACCUUAACCCUUGCAAUAUUUUACUCCGGGCCAGGAACUCCCAAGAGGGUUAUUUUCAGGCCAAGGUUACAGGUUUUGGCUUAUCUUCUUUGCACAAGGGUGAUUCCAACGAGGACAUAAACCCUUUAACUUGGUAUGCCCCUGAAAUUCUCACCGAGUUGGAGCAAACAGGGGAUGCUUGUGCUUCUACAUCAGAGAAAUCUGAUGCAUAUAGCUUUGGGAUGAUAUGCUUCGAGUUGUUGACAGGGAAAGUGCCUUUUGAGGAUAACCACCUUAAAGGAGAUAGAACGAGCCAUAACAUUAAAGCGGGGGAGAGACCCUUGUUUCCUUACCAAUCCCCCAAGUACCUUGUGAGUUUGAUAAAAAAGUGUUGGCAAACGGACCCUUCUCAGCGUCCUACAUUCUCCUCCAUUUGUAGGAUUCUGCGUUACACAAAAAAGUUUCUUGCCAUGAACCCUGAAGUCAACGUUAUUGACCAGCAGCAGGUUCCGCCUGUUGAUUGCUGCGACAUAGAGGCAACGUUCCUCAAGAGCGUUACGAUGGAGAGGACUUCUGUGUCCGCUGUGUCGCAGAUACCGUUUGAAAUGUUUGCUUAUAAAGUUGCUGAGAAAGGUAAAAUGAGUCGGAACAAUGGUACUAAGGAUAAGUGCUGCGACUGCGAGGUCCCCAAGGAUGAUUCCUCGGCGUGUAAGAGUGAAAGUGAUGACCAAAACACAGUGUGUGCUGACGAUAACAUGUCGGUAGUGGAAGAUCCGCUCCCACUAGGAGGAAACUAUCCAACCUCUGAAUCCCCGUUCAGGAGAACUGAUCGAAUAAAGAAACAAACACAACUAAAGAACAAAAAAGACCAAGGAACAUCAAAUAGGCAUGCGACAAAAUCAUUAGCAUCAUCUAAUCGUGUUUUAAGGACGAGUAAGGUGAAUCGGUCGUUGUUGGCACCAAGUCCCGGUAGAAGUCGACCUCCCCUAGUCUCUGAAUCAGAGCGCAACUCCAAAGGGAAUCAAUUACCAUCAAUGUCGAUUCCUUCGAGCUCAGUUAGAAGAAAAAAAACUGAUGGUAACUUGUCGGAUUCUAAGGCCAGUUUAAAGCCCAAAAAAAGGGACCAGUCACCAUCAUCUACAUAUGGCAGUGUCUGUGUCACGGAUGGAUUAAAGAUGAAAAAACCACAACUACCAUUGAAACCUUCUUCGAGCCCAGCAAGACUAAGACGUGCCAACACUGAGACCAAUUUGAAAUGUCUCGCGCCAAACCCUGCGUUGAGCACUUCGAAAACAUGCACAAGCAAAAAAGGUGGUGCUCAUGUCUCAGAUAUGUAUAGUGGUUUAAAGGUGACAAGAGGUAGGUUAUCAUUGUUCGCAUCGAGUCCCUUGAGCUCCCAUGAGAGAAGAAGAAAAACAAGUGGUCAUGUCUCUGACUCCGAGAGUACUAGUACGAAGAAUAGAGAAAGCUUGUCACCAUUUACAACGAAUCCUUUGAGUCCAUAUGAGAGCAGAACUUGUGGACAUGUCUCGGAUUGAGGUCCUUUACCUUUCUUAGCACAGUUCUAGUCCUCAGAUCACCAUUUGCAUCAUGCAGUUUUUCCCAAUAUUUAUGUACUCUUACUUAACACAUGCAUAUCUGAAGAUAAAUGGAAAACACAAAAUGUAGCUUCUUAAGAGUUAAGAGAGAAGGUUAGAAGCAGAGUUUCAUGCCUGGUUGUAUUAUUUGCUGGUGUUUUAGGACUACGGUUUUUAGCAACUGAAUUUUGGGUGGAUAUAUUCGUCACAACUGGAA